UCGUAGACGUAUAUAGUUCUUUGCCAUUUUCCACUUGCCAAGAAACUAAUCACAAUAAAUAAAAUAAAAAUUACCUGUGUGUAUAAAUAAAGAUACGAGACUACUCGUUUAAUUAAUUCAGUAAUACCUCCGGCCUAGAUAGUUACGCUUGUUUAUUCACGUCCCGUUACUGUUGUGUGCACAUGUAUUAUCUUUACAGCCAGUGAUAGUGUAAACAUACACUUGAGCAGAUUGUCUGGUGGUUUAGUCGUAGUUUAGAAGAGCAAGGAAUAUGUCUGACAGCGGGGACAGCGAUGUUGCGUGGACUUACUACAAAGAUCGUCCGGAGUGGAAUGAUGUGACCCCAGUGCCGGAGGAUGAAGGUCCUAACCUAGUCGUCGUCAUCGCUCAUUCAGAAAAAUUUGUUGAUGUGUAUGACUAUUUCCGAGCCGUGCUCCAAAACAAUGAGAAGUCUGAGAGAGCACUACACCUGACAAAAGAUGCUGUAGAAUUGAAUCCAGCUAACUAUACUGUAUGGCAGUACAGGAGAGACCUGCUCAAAGCUUUGGGGACAGAUUUGAGAUCUGAGUUGGAUUAUGUAGAGUUAGUAAUUAAGAAUUCUCCUAAGAACUAUCAGGUCUGGCAUCAUCGGAGAGUACUGGUUGAGUGGCUUCAAGAUCCAACCCAGGAGCUGGAGUUAACAGGAGAUGCCUUGAUGCAGGACCCUAAGAACUAUCAUGCGUGGCAGCAUAGACAGUGGGCUAUUAAAACUUUCGGACUCUAUGAAAAGGAAAUGGAUUUCGUAGAUAACCUUAUCACAGAUGACGUGCGUAACAACUCAGCGUGGAACCAACGGUACUUUGUUGUUAACAACCACUUGGGCUGGUCCGACCUCAAUGUACAAAGAGAAAUCUGCUAUACACUGGAAAAAAUUAAAUUCAUCAAGAACAACGAAAGUGCUUGGAAUUACCUUAAAGGAGUCUUAAUACAUGACAAAAGAGGAUUAAGCGGGAACGCCGUAGUUACGUCUUUUUGUGAAGAACUUUACAAGAACAAGUGUCGGUCUCCUUAUUUGUUAGCCUUCAUUAUAGAUAUUUGUGACGAAGCGAUUAAAAAAGGCGAGACCAACUGUCUACAUAACGCUCAUAGAGCCGUAGAACUAUGUCAAGCGUUGGGAACAAAAUAUGACAAAAUUCGUAGCAAAUACUGGAAUUACAUGUGUGAGAAAUUUAAUAAGGCUCAGCAAGAAGAAGAAAAUAAUAAAGACAAGGUGGAGAAUAUGGACGAGUGAUUUUAAAUCUAAAAUAUAUAUCUGUUGCCGAUUUUAUUACAAAAAUUUAUAAAACAGUUUUAAAGUAUUAUUGUCCUGGCUUGUUUGACUCUUUGUAUUUGUACAAACCGUAUGGAAGUGAUGAUAAAAACAGUAAAAGUAUUAAAAACGAAAACAGUCAAC